CCCAAUCGGGGCGCGCCGUUUGCGUCGCGAUUCGUCUGCGCAUUACAUACCCACUCAAGCGCAACGAUGUCGAAUACAAAUUUCCUAGAUCGUGCGAUCGCGAUCGUUCAGAAGGCCAUCGAGGAAGAUGGGAAAGGCAACUAUUCCGAAGCCUACGUACAGUACCAGAACUGCCUUGAAUACUUCUUGUUGGCACUCAAGUAUGAGAAGAACGCCAAUCUCAAGAAACUCAUCCAUCAGAAAGUGAAGGAGUAUCUAGGUCGUGCCGAGAAGCUUAAAGAUCACCUAGAUAAGAGUGCGGAGAAGAAAGCCAAAGGGGCAGCGUUGGGCGCUAAUGGCUCUGCAACCGCAAAGAAGGGCGACGAUGACGAUGAUUCGGAGAUUAAGAAGCUUAGAGCUGGGCUUUCUAGCUCCAUCAUAUCGGAAAGGCCGAACGUUAGAUGGGAUGAUGUUGCCGGUUUGGAAGGGGCGAAGGAAGCACUCAAGGAGGCGGUUAUUCUUCCGAUUAAACAUCCUCAUCUCUUCACUGGAAAACGCACUCCGUGGCGCGGGAUAUUGUUAUAUGGACCUCCUGGGACAGGGAAAAGCUACCUCGCCAAGGCCGUAGCAACCGAAGCCAAGAGUACCUUCUUCAGUGUUAGUUCAGCCGAUCUGGUGAGCAAAUGGAUGGGUGAAUCUGAAAAACUUGUCCGGCAAUUAUUUGUAAUGGCUCGAGAGCAAAAACCGGCUAUCAUAUUCAUUGACGAAGUCGAUUCUCUAUGUGGAACGAGAGGGGAGGGGGAAUCAGAGGCUUCGCGGCGCAUUAAAACGGAGUUUCUUGUUCAAAUGAAUGGCGUAGGUAACGAUGAAACCGGUGUGUUAGUGCUUGGAGCUACAAACAUUCCUUGGCAACUUGACAUUGCCAUCAAACGUCGGUUCGAGAAACGGAUAUAUAUCCCACUCCCAGGCCCGGAAGCACGAAGACGGAUGUUUGAACUGCAUGUUGGCACUACUCCAUGUGAGGUGACACAGAAGCAGUUUAAAGAGCUGGCGGCCAAGACAGAAGGGUACUCCGGAUCCGACAUAGCGAUUGUUGUCCGCGACGCCUUGAUGCAACCCAUACGGAAAGUCCUGGCUGCGACUCAUUUCAAGGAAGUAAUGAUCUCAGAUCCAAGCACUGAAGAGCCUGUCAAGAAACUGACACCUUGCUCGCCGGGUGAUCGUGCUGCCACCGAGAAGAGCUGGUCAGAUGUCGGGCCGGAUGAACUCUUGGAGCCUCCGCUACGCAUGUCUGAUUUUUUGCAGAGCAUACAAGCUGUGAGGCCGAGUGUAUCGGAGGAUGAUAUUAAGCGGCAUAUCGAAUGGACCAGUGAUAGCGGGGCGGACGGUGCUUAA